CGAUGGGUGUCGACCUGGUGCUGGCGAAAGACGCCGACAUCCCGACGCCAUCGUGCUUUGACAAACCCACCAUCGUGUACCCCAACGGAUCCAACUCGACGUACGAAUGCUGGUUGCGCCAAUUCACUCCGCUCGACAUUGUCAGCCCCAACAGCGUGUUCAGUGAUUGCAAUGCCGCAAAUGCCGGGAACUGCUUCUUCAUUGGGAACGACCGACUCUCGUCGCCGACCCUUGGUUACGACUACUACUUGAUGUCGUCGAACUCGCAAACAAUUACGAUUGCGCAAGUCUCGGGCCGCAACGCUGUGUGGAGACGUGUCGAGAUGGACCACGACAACUAUGGGCUCUACUACCAAACGGACGGGACGUGCUUGGACGCGUACUGGGACAAUGGCGUCGUCAAGGUGCACCAGCACCCGUGUGGGUUCGAGAACCGAAACCAAUGGUGGCGCUACAGCAUGCACAACAACAUUCAAGUGUUUCAACACGCCGUGCACACGGACUGGUGCCUCCAAACAAACGGUUUCGGGAACAACGUCCAUAUGGCCCAUUGCAACUGGGGCGUGCUCGAGCAACAGCGUAGAUUGUACUGGUGAGCAUGGCUAAAGAGAAAUGUGACUUGUCUGGCAUCUGCA